AUCGUUCCUUGNCGUUCAUCAUCUGGCUCCCCUGGACUCAUCGAGCGGAUAAGUAAUGCAUUUGGUAUUUUGGGAGUGGUGCGAUUUGUGGAAGGAUAUUACCUAAUAAUUGUGACUAAAGCAAACAUAAUAGCAAGCUUUGGAUAUCACUCCAUUUACAAGAUUGCUGAAGUUGCAAUGAUUUCUCUUGCGAUGGACGGUCUGUCAACUUCAACUGAAGAGCAGCGCUAUGUUAAACUAUUCCAGUCUGUUGAUCUUUCUACUGAUUUCUACUUCUCCUACACAUACGACUUGAGCCGAUCUCUUCAAGAAAACGCUCUAUCAAUGGAAUGGGAUAAAGAUGGAGAACGAGUUUUGAGUUCCGACAAAAAAUUUGUUUGGAACACCUUCCUAUUAGAGCCUUUGCGUAGCAACUUGGUUAGUGAGCAAUGGCUUCUGGAAAUCGUUCAUGGCUAUGUUGGGCAACAGUUGAUUAACCUGCCGUUCACGAAGCUUUCCUUGACAUUGAUCGGGAGGCGAUCUGCUGAAUACGCGGGCACGAGAUUCCUCAAGAGAGGGGCCAAUCAAAAGGGUAUACCACUUAACCUUACAUUAAAGGAAGUGUUGCGAAUGACGUCGAAACUGAACAAGUUCUUUGGGAUGUCUUGGGAAGAUUUUCUUCAUUUGUUCAUAUCGAUAUGUAUUUUCAGGUGGUCACAGGAUCCAGCCACAAGAGGUGUCGUAGGCAAGCCACUUAUUCUUGUCGAUAUUCAUGAACCUCACGCUCAAACUGCAGCAGCACAUUUUCGGUUGGUACGAGCUAAAUAUGGCAAUCCUGUUGUCGUGAUGAAUCUUGUCAAGAGAAAAGAGAAACGAAGACACGAGGGUCUACUGCAUGAUCAAUUUCUGAAAGCUAUCAACUAUCUCAACCAAUUCCUUCCGCCAUCUGAACAUAUAGCAUAUCUGAGUUUUGAUGUUGCUCGAUGUAACAAAACCUCCACUGUGUAUUCUAAUGUAUUGACCAAGUUGGAAGAGAUCGGCUUGAAAGCAGUACAGGCUCAUGGCUGGUUUCAGUCUUUUCCUAUGCCCUAUACCCGCAUGAGGCCUUCUGAGUCAGAAGUUGUUAUAAACUGUGAUGCUUUGAUGGUAGCCCAAACCUCCCGAAGCUUUUCCACACACCUUUUUAUAAUUGCCUCUUAUUCAGGACGAGUAGCAUUGGCUUGUCAACUUUAUGCUAUGGGAGUAGUAAAUUACCCUUCAUUGUCGUUACAGAGCGAUCUCUGCCGUGCAUUCGAAGACCUAUUCGACGAUCACGGUGACACAAUGGCUUGGCAAUAUGCUGGGAGUCAACUAGUCCAUUCAAUAAAAACAUACAAGAAGACUGCCGCACUUCAGGAACGAAGUAGGGAUGUGAUCCAGACGUUAUCACGCUACUAUAGUAACACCUUUGGUGAUUAUGAUAAACAAGCUGCAAUUAAUCUUUUCCUAGGAAUGUUUAGGCCUCAGAUUAGUAGCAAUCUUCCUCUGUGGGAUCUUGGCACGGACUACUACUUGCACUUUCCUACCCAUUUUAAGGUAGACGCAGAUUAUUGCGCUUGGAUGUACGACAAAAAGGAUCUCGACAAUGUAAAGAAGUUCAUUAUGAAAGGCAGUAAAGAACACCUGCAAGAUCAAGAAGCGAAAUCAGAAGAAGUCGCUGGAAAUGUUCCUAAUAACCGAUUGCUACUCUCUGGAUGUUCAGGUAAUGCUGGAAACAAUUCGGCCUCAUUACGGAUUUGCCUUCGAUUAUACUCGUCAGACGAUUUUCGUGAUUUCUACAGAACCUUCGAGUUGACUACUCUCGAAAAUCGAGUGAAACUAAUCGCUGAUGCUCGUGCCCUCAGUUUGUAUGGAAUCAACCAAGAAGGGUCCUCCAGUGGACAGUUCAUGAAGUUAUGGAAAAGCGAACCUAAAGAGAAGUCGAAAAAAAGUAGCCGUGAAUCUGAUGACGAAGAUGACGAUACUAUCGAAGAAGAGCAGACUGGUGAUGAAGUUAUGGAGUCAGAACCAGCUUGGAUUCGAUUAGUUAAUGGGAACAACAAUGACGAAAAACAACUCCGUCAUUCAAAGAGUUGCACGGAAGUCGAUAAUAUAUGUCAUGCAGAGCGUCCUGUGUUGGCCACUGGUUUGCAAUUUGCAAAGGAACUAUAUGGGUUGGGUCAUCUGGGUCCGUCACCUGAGAUGCGCAACUUUUACAGAAACUAUGUGAAUUCGGGCUGCUAUAAAUUCGAUGAAGAGGAUUGGAUCAAGUAUAAACCGACUUUACUGACCGAUUUAAAUAUUCCAACAGCUCAGGCUGCAAGUGAUAGACGUCCAACGUUGUUCCUCGUUGAUGAUGUUUUCAAGGUACGGGCUUUCGUUAAUGCUGAGUUUUUUAUCCUUCUUUUAACAAAGACCUGUUCAGAUUUCUGUUUUUUCUCAAAUUUAGUAUUUGAUGUUAGUAUAAUAAGGACCCUUGUGAUAUGA